AUGGAUCCCACCACCCUGGAAGCAGCAGCAGCAACUCACCUCAGUCACCAGGUCACCUCCCUCCAGACUCUCCAUGGCACCGACAAAUUCACCUCUCAUCUCCUCUCCCCAGGCCUGGCCAUGAUAUCGCCCUCCGAGUACGGCCGCAAGCUCAACCAUGUCGUAGGCUGGGGGAUGGACGGUCCCGUCCAACCAGAAAGUCUUGACACCCUUCAUCAUCUCUGCCAACAGCGCAACACAAAGUUGGAAAUCGACCUAUGCUCGCACGCGCAUCCAUCCGCAUCGUCUCUCCUAACGGCAAACGGGUACAGCCCGAAUGGGUCAAUCAACGUCUACGCCAUGUCUCUCCCUCUCGCACACAGCGACCCCGCCUUAGCAUCUAACGACCCCAUCCAAAUCACCAAAGUCUCACACGCUGACCUCAACACAUUCAUCACGGCCUCUAUCGACGGCUUCCGCAGCGAAGGCCGCCCACCAACCCUCCUCCACCUCCUCGCGCAAAGUGCUGCUCACCGAACGCUGUCAGAUACACACCUCUACCUCGCUCGUCUCGACGGCAAGGUGGCCGCCUCGGCGGGUAUGGCAAUCGUUGACGGAAUCGCACUCCUGUACAUUGAUAGCGUGCUCCCCUGGGCGCGGGGGAAAGGCAUCCAGCGCCUGUUAAUGCGCGCAAGACUGUCGGAUGCGGUUGAGCUGGGCUGCAGGGUAGCUGUUGUUGAGGCUCGGCCGGGUACAGCCAGUGCUGUUAAUGCCGAGAGGGUUGGUUUCGAGCUUGCUUAUGUGCGGACGACUUAUGCGCAUGUGGGGUUAGGUGCUGCUGGCGCUGUAUAG